AUGGCAAGGAAGCGAGAAAGGAGCGAGUGUCCUCCACACCCAGGUUUCAUAAAGAAUCUUUGCUUCCAGUGUGGCCAGCCAAAACCUGAGAGUGAUGGUGGCGAUGGCGAAGGUGAUGCUACACAGGGCUUGCUCUACCACAAGGACUUUGCGGAAUUCCAGAUCUCUCAGGGCAGUUUCGAGAGGCUCCGGGAAGAACAAGCCCAGAGGGCACUCGAGCAUCGCAAGCUCAUGCUGGUGCUCGACUUAGAUCACACGCUCGUGAACUCGGCCAGCUUUGACGAAGUUUGCGCCGAGGAGAAGCCCUUCCUGGAGAGCAUGUACGCGAGAGAUCCACCCAAAGGGCGAUCGAAGCUCCUCCACAAGCUCGACGAUUUGCAGCUAUGGACGAAGAUCCGGCCGUUUGCGCUGGAGUUCCUGGCCCAAGCGAGCAAGCUCUUCGAUCUCUACGUCUACACCAUGGGAACGAGGAUCUACGCCGAGGCAAUGCUCAAGCUCUUGGAUCCCACUGGAGUGCUUUUCAAGGGGCUGGUCUCCAGGAAUGACAACGAUCUCACGGAUCAUCGCGACAGGAAAGACUUGGACACUGUUCUUGGGCAGGAAUCGAGCGUCUUGAUCGUGGAUGAUUUGCCGGAAGCUUGGCCCGAGGAGCAGCACAAGAACUUGAUCCAGAUCGAUCGCUACCACUUCUUCUCGUCGAGCUGCAAGAGCUUUGGCUUUGACGAGAGCUCCAGCCUGGCGAGGAGAGGGAUUGACGAGAGCCACAGCGGCGGGAGCCUGGCGAGCCUCUUGCAAGGGCUCGAGACGAUCCACCGCGAUUUCUUCCAGUAUGGCGAGUUUUCCUUCCUGGAAGACGUGCGAGACACCGUGAGCGAGCUGCGCAGCCAUAUCCUCGAGGGCUGCAAGCUCGCGUUUAGCAGCGUGGUGCCCAUCGAUUGCGAGGAUUCGCUGUGGAUCUUGUGCGAGGGUCUGGGCGCCGAGUGUGUGCUCGAAAUUGACGAUUCCGUGACACACGUUGUGGCGAUGGAUCCGGAGAGCGCUAGGGCGCGUUGGGCAGUGGAAAAUGGGAAGCAUCUUGUCAAUCCCUCCUGGAUGCGAGCAGCGGCUUUUAGACUGGGCAGGCCCAGAGAGUCCGAGUUCCAAGUGCGCAGACUAGGUCUCGAAGAACCCUAA